AUGCAAGUGAGAAAUCGCUUUAUCUUCAGCGGUAUAGUCAACGUUAUUCGACUGCCAAAUUUGAAUCACACUUUAAAUGUUAAUCAAACUGUUAUAGUUUCCGGAUGGAGUCGAUUUAAUGGUUACAUUUCUGAUCAUUUGCAACGAGUACAACUUGUCAUUGGAAAUCAUAAAUCUUGUAGAAAAAUAUAUAAUUCAGAAUUGUCUGCAAAAUUUUUAUUUUUCACUUAUCAUAAAAAAUCGGAGGUGUGCUUAAGUAAUAAUGGACCGUUUCGUGUUAGAGAAUUGCAACAUUUUUGCGCAUAUGAUCCAAAUUUUAUGCGGGGAAAUUGUCAGUUUGACUCGGGGGGUGCUUUGACAGAUAAUGGAGUACUUGUUGGUCUCGUUUCAUGGGGCGAUCCUCUUCAUUGCGGUGGUUUCGAUUAUCCAGUUGUUUGCAUUAAAGUUUCAAAUUAUAUUAAUUGGAUUAAUGAAAAUGUUGGAUAG